GCUGGGAUUUGAAUGGGGAGGGGACGGGUGGGAAGAAAAGUUAACUGGAGAAAUCGGGGCUAGGAGAGAUGAAAUGAUCUUGCACCAAGUGGAUGUGCCAUGGCUGCGUGCAAAUAGCGCGUCUGGAGAAGCUUGGAGGGAUGUCUUGCAAGUGAUCUGCGUGAUCUCCGUAGAAACGCUCGCCUCUGCCUGCAAACUUUCCCCUGCUAGAAGUUGGGAGGAAUAAAAAAGCACCAGAAAGUGAAAAGGAGAAGACCCCAGAGGACAAAAUCGCUCGAGCCAAACUGUUGCGUGCCGCGCCGGGGCUCCGGUGCUCGUCCCGCCGGCGUGUCCUGGGCUGCCGUGCCGAGCGGCGUGGGCGGCCUUGGCCAGGCUGCCCGGCAGCUGCCCGGCCUUGGGGACGGCCGAGCAGCAUGCUGGCCGCGGCCGGCCGGCGAGCCCCGCGCGCCUGAGCCGGCCCCAAGGCCGGGGCGGUGGCGGCCAUGGCCGCGGCCAUCGCCAGCUCCCUGAUCCGCCAGAAGAGACAAGCCAGGGAGCGGGAGAAGUCCAAUGCCUGUAAGUGUGUCAACAGCCCCAGCAAGAGCAAGGGAAGCUGCGACAAGAACAAGUUGAAUGUGUUUUCCAGGGUCAAACUCUUUGGCUCCAAGAAAAGGCGAAGAAGGCGACCAGAGCCUCAGCUUAAAGGUAUAGUAACAAAGCUCUACAGCAGGCAAGGAUACCACUUGCAGUUGCAAGCAGAUGGAACAAUUGAUGGAACGAAAGAGGAAGACAGUACUUAUACUUUGUUUAACCUCAUACCUGUGGGUUUACGAGUGGUGGCGAUUCAGGGAGUUCAAACAAAAUUAUAUCUGGCAAUGAACAGCGAAGGAUACCUAUAUACAUCAGAACAUUUUACACCUGAAUGCAAGUUCAAAGAAUCAGUAUUUGAAAACUACUAUGUGACAUAUUCCUCAAUGAUCUACAGACAGCAACAGUCUGGCCGGGGCUGGUAUUUGGGUCUUAACAAAGAAGGAGAAAUAAUGAAAGGAAACCACGUGAAGAAAAAUAAACCUGCAGCACACUUUCUUCCAAAACCCUUAAAAGUGGCCAUGUACAAAGAGCCUUCCCUCCACGAUCUCACAGAGUUCUCCAGGUCUGGCAGUGGGACCCCAACCAAGAGCAGAAGCGUCUCAGGAGUGCUAAAUGGGGGGAAAUCCAUGAGCCAAAACGAGUCGACGUAGCCAGGCUGAGGCCAGCCAAGUGCUCUCUAUCAGAACCUUACCUCUGGAUGCAGUCGAAUCCUUACUCGCGGUCCUUUGUCCCAACCUUCCGUUGCCCAGGACAGCGCCGAGCUCCACAGCCCCCUCACCACCAUCAGAUCUUCUGCUUGCCAAAGGAGAGCCCCGGCACGGAGGAGGUGCCUGUGCACAGCACGGGGCACCGAGAGCAGCAGCACAGCUGCGGGAACACCUCCCACAAGAAAUGUCCAGCUCUUUCUCUCUCUCACUUUUUCUUUCUCUCUUUCUCUCUCUCCUAUGCUUUGUGGAAAACGAAACAAAAACAUUUCACAGCAUUCGCUGCUGAUAAGAAUUUGCUUUCCAACUCAGAAAAAGACCACUUUUGCUUUUCAAAGGAAAUUUUAAUGCUUGUAUGUUUUAUAGGGGCAAACAAAAAACAAAUACGUAAACUCUGUCGUUUCCUUGGCUUACCGUUUUAUAUCUAAGGCUUGAUAAAAAAAUGUAUCCUUUAAUUUGGAAUAGUGCAACUUUUUGAUUUCAGAACUCCAAUGGGUCUUUAAAGCUAUGUCUUUAAAAAAUAACUCAAAAUUCAGGGUUGGAACUGAGAGUUGGUGUCUCAGGCUCAAGCAAACAGUGUUCUUGUGGUUUUAAACACAAUGAAAUAAUAAAUUUUUAUAGAUUUGUAGUUUCUGGUAAAGUUCUUGUGCUAACCCCAGUCUGUAGGAAUUGAGUUGUUUUGUUAUCCCAAGUGGAAGUUAACAGAAAGGGAUAAAAUUAUCCUCCAGUGUAGAUUUCUCUUAAUUCCAUUUUGUGUGUCAUGUUAAACUAUCGUUGUGGCUUCUUUUCUAAAGACAGAAACUGUGGAAUUAAGGUGACUUAAUUUUUUUAUAAGAAACGUCUUAUUUGUAAAAGUCCUUUCACUGUAACGGGCACGUGAAUAUUGUGUAGGAGGAAGCGCUAGGACAGGUUACCCCUAAACAACAUAUACUUAUACAUGCUAUUGGAAACAAUUGUUUAAAAAACGUAGUUAGGUUUCCAUUUAGGUCAUCAUGUCUGCUGCAUGGGAGAAAGUUGGAAUAUUGGCAUAGAGUUGCAUGAUGUGUAAGAUUUUGUGCAUUAAUCAUCGUUGGAUUCUGUGCUCCAAAACUGAAUUAGGUCUGUACAGGCAGCUUUCUGCCUGCUACAAAAAAAGUUGUUUAUUAUUUGUUGUAUACACAACCAUGCACUGAAUAAACUAUUUAUAUUAAGAUGUACUUUUUAAAAAAGCUUGUUUGAUUGUAUGCUGUACAUCCAUGGUUAAUCUGAAGGGAAGAGGGUUGGCAAUUAAACUAUGAAGUUACAAAAGA